UUAGUUGCAAAACUGUUUGGACUAAUGAUUACACCCCUGGCUCCUUGAUCCAACGCUGGACGGGAAUUUUCAUUGCUUCAUUUUUGUUGUUGGAUCACUUUUCGCAUAGGAAGUGUUACUUUCCACAGUGAAACGUAUGUAGCCAAUACAAUUGUAUCACUUUCCACUGGAACUACGUAGCAGCAGAUACAAAGUAAACGUCUUUAUAUUUAUUUUGAUUUUACCACCGCUCGCGUUGGGCUCGAGUUGAUCGAGAAUGGGGGGUGGUUUUGUACACAGGCUUUUGAUCGUUCCAAGAAAUCAACAGUAGAAACAAGUUUCACACGACCAAGUGCCAUCCUGACCUUUAACCUCCAUAUAACACAUGGAUGACCUGGAUGCUGUCAGAGGACUGUCUCCCCGGCUUGCUCCUCCUCCUGAGGACUCGGUGUCCCUCUCCACGUCCUCCACAGACACCAUCAACUUGGAAGAUGGCCACUACUCUGCCCUGCGAGCGGAGCUGGAGGCUGAUGCUCGGGACUUGGAGGCAGAGUCCUGGAGUGUUGCUGUGGACCAGCAGCACAUAAACAGCCUCCACCAAGACGCUGUAAAGAGGCAAGAUGUCAUCUACGAGUUGAUCCAGACAGAGGUGCAUCAUGUGCGGACCCUGAAGCUGCUGCUGAGUGUUUACCAGUAUGAGCUGAGACACAGCCUACAUAUGGAGGAUACUAGGCUUGAGAGGAUGUUCCCUCAGAUCGACAGCCUGCUGCACAUCCACCAACACUUCCUGUGGUGUCUUAGGGACGGCCGGGACAGACACAACCACCACACUGUCACACAGCUGGGAGAUAUACUCAUCAACCAGUUUUCAGGUGAGAUGGGGGAGAGGAUGAAGGAGAAUUACGGCGUGUUCUGUAGUCACCACACUGACGCUGUCAGUCUCUACAAGGAACAGCUACAGAACAACAAAAAGUUCCAGAACUUGAUUAUGAAAAUCGGUCGGUUGUCCAUCGUUCGGAGGUUAGGAGUACCAGAAUGCAUCCUGUUGGUGACUCAGCGGAUCACAAAGUACCCCGUCCUGGUGGAACGCAUUCUACUGAACACUGAAGCCGACAGUGAGGAGCACGGUGCCCUGGUCCAGGCCCUGGCUCUGAUCAAAGAGACCAUCUCUGCUGUGGACUCCCAGGUCCAUGACUAUGAAAGGGCCUCCAGGCUGAGAGACAUAGGCGGCAGGCUGGAGCCUCGUUCCCAUGGCCGGUGGAAGGACGGCAGGGUGUUCACGAGAGAGGAUCUGGCUGAGGGCCUCAGAACCCUGCUCCACGAGGGGACGGUCAACUGUCGGGUGGCAAACGGUCGGCUCAAAGACAUCCACGCUGUUCUGUUGUCAGAUGUCCUGCUGCUGUUACAAAAGGAAAAGGACCAGAAACUCAUAUUUGCUAAUGUGGACAACAAGACGUCGGUGAUCUCCCUCCAGAUGCUGAUCGUCAGGGAGAUGGCCCAUGAGGACAAGGCUAUGUUCCUGAUCAGUGCUUCGUCCAGCAUGCCAGAGAUGUACGAGAUACACACCUCCUCCAGAGAGGACUGCAAUGCCUGGAUGAGCCUUAUACGAGACGCUGUCAACAGUUGUCCAGUAAUGGAGGAGCAGCUGAGCAAUGAGCAGGAGGAGGCCAGGCUCGCCAGGCUCAGAGACUUCCAAGAGCGUCUGUAUGUGAAGGAUUCCCAGAUCAUGCAGAGCCUGACAGAGAAGCUGCAGAUGUUUGCUGACAUGGUGGAGGCUGUAACAGGGAUGGAGGAUGGAGCUGCCCACUCCUGUCUGCUGCUCCGCGGUGAUGCCUCAGAACUCCAGCAGGGGGAGACACUGCUCAAGGGUGCCAUCACUGAGGUGGAGAAUCUACAGAACCUUCUCCUGUCCGGUGUGACUGUGCGAGAUCCCCACCCCCAUCCAGAGGAUAGCCUGGGACCAGGGAGGUUCAGUUUGAGGCCAGAAGUGGUACGGCUUUAUCUAGGAGGGCUAGGCCUUGGGCGGCUGGGGAACCUGUCAGUGCAUAAGAGAGCUGAGACCUUUGGAGGUUACGACUGCAACCCUCCCACCCCCAUCAAGAAUGUGGAGGGACGACCUCAACGUUCAAACUCUGACCCCCAGCUACAGGACCUUGACCAAUCAGAGAGCCUGGAACUGUCGUUCUUUUACGCCGUGCUGACGCUCUCACAUAGGCUCUACGGUCUGCAGGCCAUCGUCUCCCAGCAGGACAGCCACAUUGAGCUCCAGCGUGCCUCUGAUUUGGUGCGUGAGCGUCCGGGUCGCAACCGAGGCAACAUGCUCCUGGAGCAGGAGAAACAACGUAACCUGGAGAAACAGAGAGAAGAGGUGGCCAACUUCAACAAGCUGCAGACACAGCACCGUCAAAACCAGGCUCGCUGGGAGAAGGAGCGGGAGCGUCACCGGCUGCAGGCGGAGGUCCUAGAGGCGGAGCUAAGACAGAGAGAGGAGGAGUGUAGGAGACUGGAGAAAAAACUAGAGAUGGAGAGAGAGGAGCUGGAGAGACAGAGAGAGACAUACCAACAGGAUCUAGAGAGGCUGAGGGAGUCGAUGAGGACGGUGGAAAAACAGAAGGAGCACCUCAAUACACAGAUGAAGUUGAAGCAGAACAAGACCGUCACCAACCCUGGGAGUUUUAACUUCAGAGCUCAGCAGGCUCCCGUCUCCCAGUCCUUCCGAGGGGAUCCUCCCCUCUCCCAGUCCUUCCGAGGGGAUCCUCCCCUCUCCCAGUCCUUCCGAGUGGAUCCUCCCCUCUCCCAGUCCUUCCGAGUGGAUCCUUCCCUCUCCCAGUCCUUCCGAGUGGAUCCUUCCCUCUCCCAGUCCUUCCGAGGGGAUCCUCCCCUCCUCUCCCAGUCCUUCCGAGGGGAUCCUCCCCUCCUCUCCCAGUCCUUCCGAGGGGAUCCUCCCCUCCUCUCCCAGUCCUUCCGAGGGGAUCCUUCCCUCUCCCAGUCCUUCCGAGGGGAUCUUCCCCUCUCCCAGUCCUUCCGAGGGGAUCCUUCCCUCUCCCAGUCCUUCCGAGGGGAUCCUCCCCUCCUCUCCCAGUCCUUCCGAGGGGACCUGACAGCUGAUUGGAUGAAAGGAAGAGAGGUGAUCCAGAUCCCCAAGGUCCUUGUCCCCCCCAGCCUCUCUGUAGCCACCAACAUUUUCCUGGAGCAGCCCCCGGAGGUGCCCCUUCGCAGGGAGAGCAUCAGCCCCGGGCCCCCUAAACCGGAGUUCCCCAUCCACCUGAUCAGCACAACCAACCAGGUGGUUCACAAACCAGGGGCCGUGCAACAGCAGAUACCCACCAAGCUGGCUGUCCUUGGUAACAAGGGCAAGGAGAAGAGCAGUAAGAAGAGGUCCCACCACAAGCGCAAUCACAGUGCAGCGUCCAUAGAAAUGUCUCAGUUGGUGCCGAUCAGAGUGACAGGAAAUCAGAGUCUGAGAGGGAAGAAGACUGUGAGCCCACAGAGAAACUACCAAUCAGAUGAUUUCUUCAGUCCUCCAGAGCCCCUGUCCAGCGUUAAGCCCUCCCAGACCCUGUCGUCCAGCAGCAGCAUGAGGACCAAUAACCAGAGCCACGUCCCUCCACCCAAACCUCCACCUCCCCCUCCACCCUUCCCCAAAGACAUAGCAAGCAAACCAACCAAGGAACACGUUAUCUACCUGUAAGGACACAGGGCGACACCAGAACCCUAUAAGCCAGAGCUCUGAAACUGGCGGCCCAUGUGCUAAAACCGGCACCACGAGUUAUUUAUAUUUGGCCCGCCAAAGCUCUGUCCACAGUAAAGAUUAUAGAUUUAUUUUUUUACUGAUUGGGCUUUCUAACUGCUGGUACUGUUCCUGUUGCAUUUCCACAUUUCCAAAACUCAUUUCUAUUGUUUGGAUGAGUGCUUGUCUCUAAACUCUCUCUGCACUCAAGUCUUUAUGUUUUUAAGCCUUUUAAAGAUGAUUUAAAUUCAUGUUAGGAAGUUGGUUAUUACUUUGAAUUGUUUACAGGUCUGAGGUGCCAAGCACGUUACCUCAGAGCGCAUUAGAAACUCUUUUAAAUCUGAAUUGACCUGUUCCUCUUUUUGUAAUUUCUUCAUUUCAUAGAAUGUAUGGAAGUAAAUGUUCAUUUAGCUGUGAGGUGUAAAACUGACCAGUUUACCAGAUGCAGAUUAAGUUUAGUCCAGGACUAAAAAAAGGUUCUCAAUUGAGAUUCUCCCAGUUUUUAUUUUUAUUUUUUUAGUCCAAGACGAGGCUUAAUCUGUGUCUGGGAAAUGGGCCCUUAUGUUAUGGGAAUUAUGGUGUAUUUUAACACUGAAUAAUAAUGACUACUGUACUAAAUUAUGCCAAUUCUACUGUGGUUUAUGCCAUUUUGUGAUUUUUGUUAUGAAGUUUACAGGAGAGGGUUUCAUGACAUUUUGUCAGCAUUUCGUCAGACAGCUUCUCCACACCCAUAUCAACAUGGAUUGUUGUCAGUCAAGUUUUAGUUUAGUUUUACGACAGGAAAGUUUGUGUGUGAGAGUGAAAUGUUAGAACUAUCGUAUGUGUGUACUUUGAACAAGAGGCAAAGCGUUUUGCCAGAUGGUUUUCUUCAUUGUGUAACUGUCAAAAGGUUAUGUUCUGGGAACCAAGGAACUUUUUAAACAAUGUUCUAUCGGGAAGAUGUUCUGUUCUGUUCAUGGUUACACAGUUUCCAGUGAACACAGUCUGGGAAUAGAAUUAGAACACGUAUGACAAAACAAUUGUUUUUACUGCUCUAAUUACGUCGGUAUUAUCUUCAAAAUGGAAUCUCCCUAUAACACAUGUUCUAUUGUUUCUACUAUGCUGUUGUUACUUAUAACCCGGGUGGUUCCAGCCCUGAAUGCUGUUUGGCUGAUAUAGCCGUGGUAUAUCACACUGUGUGCCACGGGUAUGACGAAACAUUUGUUUUUACUGCUCUAAUUAAGUUACUAACCAGUUUAUAAUAGCAAUAAGGCACCUCUGGGGUUUGUGGUAUAUUGCCAAUAUAUGCGUUGUUCGUAAGAACAGCCCUUAGCCGUGGUAUAUUGGCCAUAUACCACACCUCCUCUGGCCUUAUUGCUUAAAUAUAUAUAUAUAUAUAUAUAUAUAUGGUCUGGACAUUCUGCUGUGAUGUUGAUGUCCUGGUGAACUGUUGCGGUUCCCAUCCACAGCCGAUGGAAGGAAUAAAAAAUAAUUAUGAUGCCUGUAAUCAGCCUC